GCUUCACCACCUAUCUUGUAACUACAUAUUUUAGGCAUUUACGUACGUAUAUAAGUAGAUGUAAACCUACUGAUUUAGAUAAAAGCCAACUCGUUCUAGGGUCAAUUUAUAAAUAGCUGAGAGUAUUUAAGCCGUGCUAUUAUUAAACAUGGGAAACUUGAAGGGGUUUAGUCGUCUCAUUGCCACCUUGGAAUACAGACCAUCAACUAAAAUAUUCAAAAUCUCAUUAUCAAAGUCUGAAAUGGUUUGCUUCAUCGGUGAUCCACUUGCCGAGGUUACUGAAAUAGACCCAAGAGUUCGUAAAAUAAUUCAGGACUUAAAACAAGCCAAGAUUGACUACCAUAAAAAAUUAGUGCAGCUUUCUGAAGAAGCGGACAAGGUGCUCAAGGAGAGAAACAUUCAGUCAGAUGAGGAGAAAUUUAAUUUCACAAUCGAAUAUCGUGACAUGCGGAGAGAAGUCGCUCGAGUUGGAGUGGACUGCAGACUCCUUGGAGAAACCUUUCCAUGAUUUAUUGUGAAAUGAAAGCUUGGUCAUUGACUUGUUGAUUUCCAUAUUACUUAUGUAUUAAAUAAAAAUCUUCAUUUGGAGAAGUUUCUACUCAAAAA